AUGUUCAACGGCCGCGCUCGAGGGAGCAUUCGUGUCGAAUCACAAUCUACAUCCGCAGAGUUUGUCCGCAAUUUGCAACAGGUACUCACCAAGCUUUGGCCUCGACCAGAGCUUUUCGGCGCUGAAGACAUUGUCAACUACUCUGGAACUCAGCAACCUGUGCUCUUUUGGAAAGUUGCCGAUCCCAAGGGCAACUUUAACUGCUAUGACCUUGAAGCCGAGCCGCUUCCAACAGGAAAUGUCAUGCUGGUGCAAAGUACAUCAAGCUCCGACUUUGGGUGCGUGAAGCGUCGCACCACCGCCGACGCUUUUUUCGUCCAACCUGAAAAGUACAUUCCAAGCUUGGCCGCAGCCAGCUGGCACGACAUUUCGCAUCGCCCAUUGGAUCUGCAAGUAGAAAAAUCGCCCGUUGCUGUACCAGCAUCUCAAGUUCUUCCGCCGGAGUCGUCGGUGCUUGAGUACAAACAGCAAGCGUCCAGAAAACAAGACCCGAUGCCUUACGUGUACACGGCUGACGAUCUGGUCUCUCAUUUGCGAGAUGUUGGUCAACUGCUGGUUCAGCAGCGCGAGGCGCGCUUGAUCAUCGGAGUCGCCGAUUCUCCGAGCCAUGUCAUUGGUGUUGAAAUUUCUUGGAGAUUUGCCGAGUCUUUGAACUCUGCUGUCACUACUUGGGCUUCCGAGCUGAUCCCCAGUAUUUCUGAAACACCCAUCAAGAUCUCGAUUCAGCCUGUUGUAAACGCCCUUCCGGGUUUGACUCCUGAGACACUGGCAACCUUUGUUGUGAUUCAGAUCGAUGGCAGUCAGGCCCAGCAGAUACUUGCGGCGACGCACGGCCGCGGCCAACGAGUGAAACUUGAAGACGAGCUACCGUCAGAUUCCAAAGACGAAGUCAAAGCGCACAAGGUGCUCGUUGUAUUGCAGCAAGAUGCCUUGCCCCUUCUGCCGCCGUAUUUGCGAGCUGCGUGCGAGCAUGUGCAAAGUCUUUCGAAUAUCUUCGAUCCGGCUUUUGACACCCCGAUGGCAGCCCUUCUGUCUGAAUGUCACGCUGUCAUCUCAGGGUCACCCGACCCGUGGUCAGCUUUACUCGACCUUCUGGCACCUCGUGUGAUCGUUUCUGUUCAGUUCUCCCGUGGCCAGCCUCUUCUCUUCAUUCAUCGCCUUGGCAACCCUUUGAUGAGUGUUGUCGCGGCUGAUGGCAGGCAAUAUGAGGCAAACGCCUUGGGCGCUUGGCUUCGGCUCCAAACGCCAAAAGUGUCUCGUGCCUUGCUGAGAGGUGGGAUGGCUGUGCGCAUCCGACUGCGCUCCUCCGCAGCAAUCCAACAAGGACAGCCUGAUUUGGCAGAGGAGGCCAUCAAACAUAUGGUCGGCCACUGUCACUUUGAUCUGCAGCUGGAAGUCGAUCUGCAACGCCAUGCAUCGCGAAACCGCACAGCCAUGGCCUUGCAACCCAUACGGCGCCCGUUUGCUCCGCGAAUCGUCGUCAUUGAUGCUGACUUUGCAGUUUCGCAUGGGAGGGAAAUUGAGAGGCUAUUGCAGACGAUUCCAAUGCAUCGCGUCGCUACGCUGCCAGAUGAUCCGCUUGGAGCAGCCACAGUGCUACCGCCCAGCGCAUACUCUGUUGUUGUCGUUGCACGUCUCGAUGACGCGCUAGUCAAGGGGCCGUUGUUUGAGCUUUUAAACAGUCACAUGGACAUUUGCGAUGUCUAUCUCGCCUCUCCACCACCGCGCCACCAAGUUCUGCUGCCACCAUCUGUCUCUCGAGACGAGUUUGCUUCUCAAGUCGUACGUAACCCUCCGUGUGAAGUGCAGCUCGAGGUUGUUCCGCCUGAGCUUUCGUCGUCUCCCGAUUUUGAUAGCAACAUUUUGCUGCAAGCGCAAGACUGGGUUCGGAAUGGACAUCCGAUUCCAUGGGGAUUGCUCUCCCGAGACUUUUAUGCGAUGCGCUCGAAUCAAACCUCUUUGGUAACAACCAUUUUAUCACGCCUUCAAACUGGCCAUGGUCUGUCUACACUGACCGUGGCCCAGACGCUUGCGGGCGCAGGCAGCACCACACUGCUACGAGCUGUCGCCUUUAAACUCGCCAAGACGCACGUCGUGCUCUGGGCAUCGAGCCCUGACACACUCGUCACUCCGGCCGCGUUGGAGUAUGUGCGUGCGCUGGGGCGAGAGCAUCAGCUAGUGAUUGUCUGCGACUUGCCACGCAACGCUCCAGCUUCCUCAUUGCGUCCGUGCUCCGUACUCUGGGAUCAAGCUGACCUUCAGCCUGCGGUACUGCUGCAACUUGAACGCACCGAGUUUUGGAACAGCUCAAUUCCGUCGCACGCGGUUGCAAGCGUGCAUCUGGUGCUGGACCAGCAAGAAGCGGCUCGCGUGGUGCGCUGCUUCCAAUGUUUGUUUCCAGCCAGGUCUGACGCUCUACAAGGUCUGCUUCAGCCGCUUGCGGGCGAUUGCGAGCACGACCUGGUUUUGUACCUUGCGACGGCCAUGUACGAUGCUCCUGCUCGAGGUAUUUUGCGAUUCCUCAAUCCGCUCGACAGUACAGAGCGCGAUGAAGACAUGUUUGCGAAGCAUAUGGCCUUCCUCACUUUGGCAGAUGUUCCAGCAUCCUGGGAAGCAUGUCGAAGCGCCAUCCCUUCACACGAUCCGACAUGGCAUUUGCUACGUCUGGUCCCAGAGGAAAGUGAAAACGGUGGUCGUGUCCGUGUUGCAGUUUGGCAUCCCACCUUGGUCGAUGCAGUGCUCGGCCUCGGUCCCUUCUACCGCGACCCUCGGUCCGAGAGCCAGGUUCUUGUCGAUGCAUGCCUGGCCUCCUGCCAAACUUCCUGGAUUGCGAGCGCCUUGGCGUGGUCUGCGUUACUGAAGCGUCCGAAAUCAGCUCCGUUUUCGCCUUUCGUUCAGAGAUUGGUGAGCCUGCAAAAACGUGAGGUGCUCAAAGACGAUUUGCUCGGACGUGUGCUCGUGGCUUCUACCAAUUUCGUGGAUCGCGAGACGAAGCUGCACUUUGACAUCAUGCACUCUCGUUAUCUGGAGGCUAUCGGUAGCCCAGCGUGUCUCCCUGAAGCCAAGUCCAUCAUGAACAACGCUCAGUCACACCUGCUUUUCAUUGCAAGUCGCAACUAUGGUGAUCGGUUGCUCAACCAGCAUAAUCGCUUGUCCCUGACUCAGCGGGAAGAACUGCACCGUGUCAUGAUCAUGCUCUUCAACGAGGAGCCGGAGAGAUUCACCCGCGAUGAUAUCCGACGUAUCAGAGACGCAGUUCCCGUGGCUAAUCAGCAGUCAUGGGCGUUACGUUUGCUGACCAGUGCGCCGGCAUGA